AUGGCUAAUCUUUUAUCAUGCAACCAACAACUUGAGGUGGUCCAAAUGGCCCGAGCCGGGGUCUUGGAAGCUAUGAACUGGGCUCGAGCCAAUUCCAGCCUACAUGGGCCGGACCAUGGUUUGAGUCACCUUGGUGUGGCUCUAAGUGACUGUGUUGAGCUCUAUGAGGAGACCAAGCCACGGCUUGCGCGCUUGCUCUCCGGUGAGAGCUACAGCAGAGAGGACGCACUAGCGUGGCUCAGCGGCGCGCUGGCAAGCCAUAGGACUUGUUUGGAUGGCUUGGAAGAAAAGGGGUGGUUGUCUGAGACUCACCAUCAAGUGGCUCAAAACCUGACUGUGUUGCUUAGAAAUGCUCUGGCCUUUUAUGGGCCCAAAACAAUUUGGAGGGCUAAAAGCAACGGAGGCCAAAAGAAACCAAUAUCUAGCCAAAAUGAGGGUCUCUUAGCAUCAUGGAAUGCAGCAACCUCCAUUAAUGCAGACUUUGUAGUGGCCAAAGAUGGCUCUGGAAAUUUCAGAACAAUAAACGAGGCCGUCGCUGCACUUGCAAGAAUGGCCGGUAGGAGGCGGGAGAGAGUGAUUAUCUAUGUGAAAUCUGGAGUUUACAAUGAGAAAGUGAAGAUCAGAAAAAACAUGAAAAAUGUAAUGUUCGUAGGCGAUGGCAUGGACAAAACAAUCGUCACUGGUAAUCAAAGUGUCCAAGAUGGUGCAAGCACUUUGAACUCUGCCACAUUUGGGGUGUCUGGUGAUGGGUUUUGGGCAAGGGACAUGACAUUUGAGAACACGGGAGGACCACAGAAACACCAGGCAGUGGCAUUGAGGGUGAGCUCAGACCUCUCGAUUUUCUAUCGCUGCAGCUUCAAAGGCUACCAAGACACACUGUAUGUACACUCUCAGAGACAAUUCUAUCGCGAUUGUCACAUCUAUGGCACUGUGGACUUCAUAUUUGGCGAUGCCACCGCGGUCCUCCAAAACUGUGACAUUUAUGUGAGGAGGCCUCUGGAUCACCAAUCCAACAUGAUAACUGCGCAGGCAAGGGACGAUCCAGAUGAGACUACUGGGAUUUCGAUCCUGAAUUCAAUUAUCGCACCGGCACCUGAGUUUGGUGCUGUUAAAGGCCGGUUCAAGAGUUACUUAGGCCGGCCAUGGAGGAGGUACUCGAGGACAGUGUUUCUAAAGACGGACAUGGAUGGUUUGAUUGAUCCCAAGGGAUGGACAGAAUGGAGAGGCAAUUUUGGUCUUUCAACGUUGUACUACGGAGAGUAUAUGAACUCCGGGAGUGGAGCUUCCACUGCAGGAAGAGUGAGAUGGCCUGGUUUUCAUGUGCUCAAAGAUCCACAUGAAGCUAGCCCUUUUACAGUGAGGAACUUCAUCCAAGGCCAUUUAUGGAUUCCAGUGUCUGGUGUGCCAUUUUUGCCUGAAAUUUAAUCCUCUUCAACUAUGCUGUUCACAUCUUGUCUGGUAUAUGAUUAGCUACUGUGUAUUACAGAACAGGUUUUGUCUAGUAUAUGACAA